CGCAACAAUAACUAUCAACCAGUGCAACAACAACCUGGUAAGAAAUUAAUUUCAUACGUUUUUAAAUCUUCAUAAUAAUUUGUAUUUCUUUAAUAUUGUAUAUUUUUUUAAAUCUGUAUUAACUUUUUUAGAAAAAUAACAACAACCACAAUCAGUGAGCUUUCAAUCAAAUGUUUUUGCAAUCUAUGGAAGAAAUGUUUAAUAAUUUUUUAAGGAAGAUGGAGGAGCAAUCCUCCCGAACACCAUCAUUGUCUAUGGCAGCAGCUGCCACAACUCUUGCAACAAUAACAACAACAACAUCAUCUGAUACAAGUGCAGCUGCUGCUGAUUUGUCAUAUGAGGCUUUUAUAGCCUACAGGAGGAUUCACCCUGGACCCAUAUCCUACGGGGCCCAUUGGAUAUGGGUCUCAAGUGAUGGGGCAGCUCUCCCCUCUUUUCGUUGGGGGAGAAGAAGAAGAUGUGGGAGGGGGUUAGAUUUUGAUCAGAAAUAUCCUGUAAUAUGA